AUGGUGCCCAGCGUCCCCGAGGAGUCGAGGCCGAAAGAUCGCUCGCGUCGAACACGGUCAACGAAAGCAUCGCGGUCACGGACAUCACGACAUGCUCUGCGACUGGUGUUGCUGAGCCUACUUGUGGCACUCGUAGCGAUAGUUGCGCCACUCGUAUAUCCGGAAGCGUUCCUCACCGAGGCGCAGGUCGGGCAAGUCACAACGUUCUUCGAGUCAGCAGGACUUGGAGAAACACUUGCGCAGCUGCAAGGCCGAGAAUCGUCGGGGUUGUCAGGCAGAUCUUGGGCAGGACAGUGGGAUGAUUCAACCUCAUCGCAGACUACUGUACGCGGAGGGCAUACGAACAACUGGGCGGUGCUGGUGUGCACGUCCAAGUUCUGGUUCAACUACCGUCACAUUGCCAACACUCUCGGCAUGUACCGAACGGUCAAGCGGCUGGGCAUUCCGGAUAGCAACAUCAUCCUCAUGCUUGCGGACGACGCCGCGUGCAAUCCGCGCAACAAGUUUCCCGGAAACGUAUGGGCAUCGACUGCCAACCGCCUCGACCUGUACGGGCACAAUAUCGAGGUCGACUAUCGCGGCUACGAGGUGUCGGUGGAAAACCUCAUCCGACUUCUCACGGGUCGACUGCCGCCCACCACGCCCAAGUCGAAGCGUCUCGAGAGCGAUGCUCGUUCCAACGUGUUCCUGUACAUGACGGGGCAUGGGGGGGACGAGUUCCUCAAGUUCCAGGACUACGAGGAGAUCUCGGCGGUGGAUAUUGCGGAUGCGAUCGAGCAGAUGUGGCAGAAGAAACGAUACCACCAGCUUUUCUUUAUGGUGGAUACGUGCCAGGCCAACACGCUGUAUACGCGCAUUUAUUCGCCCAACGUGCUGGCCACAGGAUCCUCCGCCAAGGGGCAGAACUCGUACUCGCAUGGUGCUGACGACGAUCUGGGUGUGGCCAUGAUCGAUCGGUUCACCAACUUUGUGCUGGAAUGGAUGGAGGACAAGAACAAGACGUCGGAUGCUACGAUGCAAGAUCUGUUUGCGGCGUACGAUCCGAGUCGGAUCGAAUCCGAUCCAGGCGUACGCACCGACCUGUUCCCCUGGCCAUUGACGGAUGUGAAGAUCACCGACUUUUUCGGCGGCGUUGCCCAGGUCGACCUCACGCAUCAGAGCACAGACACGCCAUUUCUCAUGUCCUAG